AUGAUAUUAAAACGAAGUAAGCCGAAAGCUGUAUUCACCAAAUUCAUUCGCCGUGAGGAGGAAAUUAUAACAAAGGUCCGGCAUCCCAACAUAAUAAAGUUCUAUGACUUCAUCGAGACAACUAGCCGGAUUUAUAUUGUAAUGGACUAUGCCGUAAAUGGUUCACUGUUGAAAUUGAUAAAGAAAGAGAAGUGCCUUCCGGAAAGGAAUGCACAAGCCUACUUCGCUCAGCUCGCUGGUGCUGUUGAGUAUUUACACAAAUGUGGUAUCGCUCAUCGCGAUAUAAAACCCGAAAACAUCGUUUUGGACGCAAGUGAUACCAUAAAGCUGAUAGAUUUUGGUUUUGCUUGCUGCCUGUCGAAGGUGGCUGAUGAGGAUGAGCUGCGGCUAUCGGAAACCUUCUGUGGGAGUUACGCAUUCGCCAGCCCGGAACUCAUCAUGUGCAGACCAUACGCUCCGCAACCGUGCGACAUAUGGGCAUCGGGAGUAGUACUGUACCUGAUGUUGUUUGGCAGGCAUCCUUACGCCACCUGCAGAAAUAUGAACGAUCAAUUGAAGAUCAUAUCAAAGGGCUAUAGUUUUCCAGAAAAUGUAACGGUAAGCAACGAAGUGAAGAAGCUUUUUAAAGACAUCUUCAUUCUUGCUGAAAAACGCAUCAACGCUAGUCACAUGCGUAGAUGCGAUUGGCUUCAAAUGAAACCGGAAAAAUUGGCCAGCGCUAAAAACGAUCCUACUCGCAAAAUGAUCCUGGGUUCGAAAAAGAGCAUCAUGCAUUAA